AUGCAGGGGAUGUUCAGCCGGACCUUCUUUGUAACGCUGACUGACAAACGCGAAGUGGUCAUCCAAUUCCGAACCGAGAAACUGGAUCUCGACGCCUUCAGGGUAGCCAAAGGCGCCCUGGGCCAAGUCGUCCCCGAUACUGUGGCUCUCAAAGACGAAGAGCUGGAGAACGAGGGCGUCUGGGUUUACUCCCUCGAGCGUCUGCCGGGAAAGAUAUGGAUCCACGGCGUCGCCGGCAAGGGCGCUGAAGGCCGUAUUGCCGUCAACAGGUCGCUCGGGCGUGUACUCUCCAAGGGCUGGCUUGCCGACAGCAGUGGCGAGGCUGUGUCAACCAAAAUCCGGCCGCAUCUUGAGGCCAUACUGGCCAGCCCAUUGGAUGAAGUCGCAGCAUACCGGCCCUUGCUACAAGGAUUUCUUGGCAAGCUGAACGAGAUUAGCAAGCUGCCGCUUUGGGUCUCGCACUACGACCUCAACGACGUCAACAUCCUGAUCGACGAAACUUGUGAAGUUACCGGCCUGAUCGACUGGGAGUUGUCGACGCCGAAACCCUUUGCUGUGGGUCUUGGCCGCAUUCACACCCUGGCUGGCGAAUAUACGGGGGGCGAGUUCUGGAUGCCGGACGAGUUCGAGGUUGCUGAGCGAGCCUUUUGGAAGGAGCUUUUUGCUGGGAUGUCCCAGAAGACUCGUGAGAUGUUGGAGAAGAAUAUCGGUCUCGUCCAGGAUGCCGUUAUUCUCGGCACGCUCUUAAACACCUUUUUCUGGGAGGAUGGAAAAGUAGGCUGCGGCGAGGUACCAAUGAAGGCCCUUCCUAAAUUCCUUACCUAUCGGAUUCCCCAGAUAAGGAGGGAUGAGCCUCCGUAUAAGGAGUAG